ACUGUGUCCUCUUCUCUGCAACCAAAAACCCUUUUCUUCUUUCUCUCACUAUCGCCGUCUGUCUUUCCAUCUCUGAAAUGCUCUCAUCUUCUAAUCCCAUGGCUGGCCAAGAAAUCAGCAUAUCCAAUAGGGAGUCCAGACCUCACCCACUUUACCAGAUCGCAGAAAGCCCAACUCACAAGCUCCUCCUGAAGCAAUGGCUCAAAGAAGAAGAACUCAUCCUUGGCCGCAUAGCCCUCAAAGAAUCCCAAAUCGACAACGUCCGCAAAGAAAUCACCCAACUCUACAGCUUCUUCUUCCUCUUCCACUCCACGGCCCUUGUCCUCCUCUUCAGUGCAGCAUCCAGGGAGCCCCGUGGUGAAGGCUGCCAUAGAUCUUGGAUCCCGUCGCUCUGUUCUCUCUUCUGUUCUUUGGCCAUCAUUUGGGCUGUUAGAUACAAGACAGAUGUUGAGGGUCACAUGGAGAAGCUGUUGGAGAGAGAGAAAGAAGACGGGAAGCUUUUGACGAAAUGUGUUCAAGAAUUGAAGAAGAAAGGUGUGGAAUUCGAUCUGUUGAAGGAAGUGGAUGCGCUCAGGAGGGCUAAGAGCCUUAGAGUUGAGUCUAAGGUUGUACGAAGAUGGUCUGCAAGGGACUUCGUUACGCUAUUCUUUUUUUCCGUUUCUUGCAUGGUUUUGGGUCUUACAAGGGUAGUUUUGUGUAAUUAGAGAUUUACAGAGAGGUACCCAAUGAUCGAAUCUGCUCUUCUUGAUCAUAUAUCUGGGUGCUUUCUUUCGCAAUCUCUAACAUCCAGGGUAUCUAUUUUGCAGAAGAUUCUUUUUUUCUGCGACAUGAAAAUGGGGAUUUUUGUUUUGGGGGGACUGAAAGGGAAGCAGAAUACUUUGUUCUGCUAUUGUAAGUGCUGGAAUUGAUAUUGAGAAUUCAUCAAAUAAAGUUUGGAUA